AUGAAUUUCUCUUUCUCCGUUUGGCAAGCGACGCUUCUCUUCGCCGUCUUACUCGCGCAGGCGUCGACUAUCGACGCGUGGGCGAGAGGUAAUGGAGGCCAUAUGUCGGACCAUACCCUCGAACAGGUCUCCGUGCGCGCGAGCGGCGAGAUGGCAGCGGGGGGUAGAUUGCGCGGUGCCGUCGAGGAACGUGGACGAGACGGCUCUCAAGGAGACGGUCCUUUAGACCCGGCGACGAUGAAGGCGCGGUGGGAAUCGGCAGCGCGUGGCUUUGCUACGCACAUAGCUGCAGAAAAGCGAGAGUCGGGCGAGGUCCAUUCUGCCCGCUCUGAGCCGACGGAAGCGACGCCAGACGUACUGAGUUUCGUCAAGUCGUCGAACACCGAGGUGGGGACAAAGAGCGAAGAUCCCACUAGCAAGAACGGAGCCCCGACUGGUGAUGCCUCGACUGCUGCGGAAAAGGACGUUGCGGAGUCGCAAGCUCAGGCGGAGGAAGCUGCUGUCAAAGCGGAAAAGAUGGAAAAAACUUACCUUCACAAGUUUGAUCCAGUUUGGUCAUCUGCGGAUUUGAUCAUAUUCUCGACGUACACAUCUGGUAACACGGAAGGAGACUUGAAAGCAUUUGAAGCGUACGCUGCUGGUCAAGAUAAUUACCAGACAGAAGCGGUGAGGCAGUACAAGAUGAUACAACGGUGGCAAAAAAGUGUCAUGGACGUGUUUGGGGUUCAGCCAAUCAUCUUUGGUGUCGACCAGAACGUCCAUCCCACACCGACGAGCUGUGACGUGCUGAACAAGUGGAACUUAUCGUGCACCAACGAGCCACGAUAUCCACAUUUUACGAACGGUAAUCGGGCUAGAAACGGUGGUCGGCCGGUGGCUGUAGAUGCAAAACACUGGUAUGCAAGCUACUUUCUUGAUCAGGGAAAGGCGGUUCUAUUUUCCGAUGUUGACCUUGUGUUUUACCGCAACGGGAGAACUUUCGUCGAUGCUUGCCCGGGAUUGUGCAUUCUAUCCGACGAUAAGACUACAGAUGAUAAAUUUAUGUUUUCACUUAGCACUGGUUUAUGGGCCGCACAUCCAACGAAAGAAACGAAAGCGACGUUUCAGGACAUGCUGGGCAGAAUGAAAGAAGACACACUAGAAGAACAGAUUUUAUUCAGGCUAACCACCGAGCAACAGCCAGAUGUGAAAUCAAAAAAUCAAACGUGGUUCCGCGUCUGGUCCAAAAGUGCUGUUUCAAAUUUUGAUGUGGCGAUGGCCAGGAGAGCCAAAGGGCUUCCAGCGGGUUGCUCGGUGAUUCACUUUGGCUACGUCGGCGGAGCUGAGAACAAGAAUAGGCUGCACGAGGCAAUAAGUGAGUUCCCGGAGAGCCAUGGGCUCUGCGCAAGCUUUGAUGAUUCCGUCACUGAAAAUGUCUUCAUCGCGCCGCCUUGA